AUGUUACUCUUCCAGCAAAAGGAAACAGAAAGAGAAGGAAAACCUGAAGACACCAUCUAUCUAUCUAUCUAUCUAUCUAUCUAUCUAUCUAUCUAUCUAUCUAUCUAUCUAUCUAUCUAUCUAUCUCAGUCUGUUCAUUAUCUAUCUAUCUAUCUAUCUAUCUAUCUAUCUAUCUAUCUAUAUUUCCGUUUGUUUUACUUGUUUCUAUCUAUCUAUAUAUAUUUCCGUUUGUUUGCUUGUUUCUAUCUAUCUAAAUAUGUUCAUUAUCUAUCUAUCUAUCUAUCUAUCUAUCUAUCUCGAUCUGUUUAUAUCUUUCUCGAUCUGUUCAUAUCUAUCUAUCUUAUCUAUCUAUCUAUCUAUCUAUCUAUCUAUCUAUCUAUCUAUCUAUCCAUCUCAGUUUGUUUACUUGUUUCUUUCUAUCUAAAUACGUUCAUUAUCUAUCUAUCUAUUUAUCUAUCUCAAUCUUUUCAUUCUAUCUAUCUCCGUUUGUUUGCUUUUUCUAUCUAUCUAUCUAUCUAUCUAUCUAUCUAUCUAUCUAUCUAUCUAUCUAUCUCAAUGUGUUCAUAUCUAUCUAUCUAUCUAUCUAUCUAUUUUCGUUUGUUUGCUUGUUUCUAUCUAAAUAUGUUCAUUAUCUAUCUAUCUAUCUAUCUAUCUAUCUAUCUAUCUAUCUAUCUAUCUAUCUAUCUAUCUUAA